CUUCUCUCUCUCUCUCUCUCUCUCUCUCUCUCUCUCUCUCUCUCAGUCUUCUUCUCUGUAAACAGAUCUUGAUCUGUUUCAAGCAAGAACUGAGAGCAUCAGAGUCACACCACAUUCCAUUUUUGUGACUAACAAACAUGAUGGGCUUCUUCUUCUCUUUGAUGUCACACCACAAAGCUGUUCCCACUUGCUUUGUGUUCUUCUUCCUGCUUUCUUGCACCUGCUUCACUUCAACAGAAGCUUACGAUGCACUUGACCCAAAUGGAAACAUCACAAUCAAAUGGGAUAUCAUAAGCUGGACACCUGAUGGUUAUGUUGCUGUCGUUACGAUGAACAACUUCCAACAAUAUCGGCAUAUUGCAGCACCUGGCUGGUCAAUGGGAUGGACAUGGGCGAAGAAGGAGGUUAUAUGGAGCAUGAUGGGAGGACAGACCACUGAACAAGGAGAUUGUUCAAAGUUUAAGGGAAACCCUCCACAUUGCUGUAAGAAGGAUCCGACCGUUGUGGAUUUACUUCCCGGCACACCUUACAACCAGCAAAUAGCAAAUUGCUGCAAGGGUGGAGUACUUAGCUCAUGGGCCCAGGAUCCGACCAACGCAGUCGCAUCGUUUCAAGUCAGUGUUGGUAGAGCUGGAACCACCAACAGAACUGUCAAAGUGCCCAAAAAUUUCACCUUGAAAGCUCCCGGUCCGGGCUAUACAUGCGGGCCAGCAAAAAUUGUGCCCCCAACAAAGUUCAUUCAAUCAGACAAAAGAAGAGUGACCCAAGCACUCAUGACAUGGAACGUGACAUGCACAUAUUCGCAGUUUCUAGCCCAAAAAACUCCCACUUGCUGUGUCUCUCUCUCGUCGUUCUAUAAUGAUACUAUUGUGCCUUGCCCAACAUGUGCAUGUGGCUGCCAGAGCAACUCAUCUUGUGUAAAUGCAAAUACGCCACAUUUGGCAUCGGUCGUUGCUGGAAAGAAUAACUUUUCUCCUUUAGUUCAAUGCACUAGCCAUAUGUGUCCGGUUAGAGUCCACUGGCACGUUAAGCUUAACUACAAGGAGUACUGGCGCGUGAAGGUCACGGUUACCAAUUUCAAUUACAGGAUGAAUUAUUCAGAGUGGAACUUAGUUGUUCAACACCCGAACUUUGAUAAUCUGACUCAACUUUUCAGUUUCAACUACAAGUCAUUAACUCCUUAUGGUGACAUAAAUGAUACUGCUAUGCUUUGGGGAGUUAAGUUCUAUAAUGAUUUUCUCAAUGAAGCUGGGCCUAAUGGUAAUGUACAAUCAGAGUUGCUCUUCAGAAAGGAUAAGUCAACUUUCACUUUCGAAAAAGGUUGGGCUUUCCCUCGAAGGAUCUAUUUCAAUGGCGACAAUUGCGUGAUGCCACCACCGGAUGCUUAUCCAUGGUUGCCUAAUGCUGGUUCUCAAAAGGAAGUUUCCUUGCUUGUUUUAGUGUUGGCUUAUUUGGUAUCCUUGCUCUUUUACGCAUGUGCUUGAGGUUCCGAUCCGCGAUUCACUCGACUUUGGUGAUAAAAAAUUUUCAGUAAGACCAAUUUUGGCUCAUGUUUGUGAUGUCAAUUUGGAAUUUGAAGCAAGGAGGGGAGUGACAUCCAGUGGCAAUUGAAGAUUAGCUCAGUUGUCCUACAAUUUGUUACAAACUGAUUCUGCAUUUUGGUGCUAGAGUUUGCUACUACGUUUUCUUUUUUUCUUCUUCUCCUGUUAUGAUGUAAUGAUAUAUGUAUUCUUAUUGUAUUUUUUAACCUGUAAUUAUAAUUUUAAUAAACAUAUACAGCAAGAUAUCACAUGAAAA